AUGUCCGGAUCGACAUCCACAAACGAGCAGCAAGACCAGGAAACACCACAACAAACCCAGCAACAGCAGGCCCAAGAUGAAACGCAACAACAACAGCAACAACAACAGCAACAACAAGAACCAAAUUGUCCGCCGCAACAUCCGAAAUGGACUUGCGAGUACUGUACUUACGAGAACUAUCCCUUGUCACUCAAAUGCACCAUGUGUAAAGCGCCAAAACCUCUUCUCAACGAAGACAUUUUUCGACUUAGCCCCACGCAACAACUGUGCGCAACGAAUCGUUCGAACCCGAAUCUAGUGAGCGAUGCGGUAACAACGGGUGCCGUGGCGCCGCUGUUGGCGACACAAUCAACGUUCGCAUCGCCGAUCGAAUUUGAAUCUAAUCAAACCCGAUGGUCAUGCAGUGGUUGUACCUAUCUAAAUCCUCCCCACUCCCGACGCUGCUUGCAGUGUAGCACACGGAAGGAGGACCCUACCGCGAUUCUAGCAAAUGCACCCCUCGCCACUAUGCCGCGUCAACCCAAGGUCUCGCCACCGAAAGUGAUAACCGAUUAUGUGCGCAUCAGUGAACAGCUUAACGCGAUGAACAUAAGCCGAUGCAGUGGUUCCGAUGAUCCUGUCGUACCACCAGACAUGCCGGCCGGGGGUCCGGGUAAGCGACGAAACAAUUCCCCCUCGAAGACGACGGCGUACGGUACGAGCUCUUCGUGCCGGAUACCGGCGGAAAAAGAAACGGAUACGAGCGGAAAAAGUGGUGCCGGCCUCAAGCACGGAUCGUCGACACCCUCGACACCGGUGACCUGCUCGCCCGUUAACGGCGGUGGCAAAUGGUUCUGCGCGGCGUGCACCUACGAAAAUUGGCCCAAAUCGCUCAAAUGCUCGAUGUGUCUGCAUCCCCGUGAUACGGUGGCAACCGGGGGCGGAGGAAAGAGCAAUCUGGCAGCCGCGGCCAAAGUAUCGCCCGAACACGACGAGAACAGCGUGGCCAGCAGUAUCAUUGUGAACAAUAAGCGCAAUCAGCAGUUUGUAGCGCACGCAGAUGGAAUCAACAACAUGGACGUGUACCAGCAGGAGCGCCAUCUGCGACUGUUGCGCCGCCAACCGGACUGGGAUUGGCUGAAUGCGUGCAUAGGCAUCGCGGAGAACAACAUCGGAGCAGUGGAGGCUUAUCUAGACUGCGGUGGUGACCCCAGCCGCGCUCUAACACCGGCCGAAGUGAACCUUCUUAGUCAGAAUAACUGUGCUUUCGAUGUGGGCCAUACACUUAUUCAUCUGGCCAUUCGCUUCCAUCGUGACGAAAUGUUGCCCCUCCUGCUGGCGCAAAUUUCCGGUUCCGGGCCCGGCAUCAAGCGGGUUCCGUCGUACGUGGCGCCCGAUCUAGCGAGCGACAUUCGGCGACACUUUGCACAAUCGCUCCGGAUACGGAAGGCAUCGUUCAAUUGCCAGUACGUGAAUGAACAUGCCACGUUUUCGCUUCCGGCCGACAUCGAGGAGCUGCCGCUCGCCCUGCAGGAGCAGCUGUACGAGGAGCUGCUCGAUAAGGAUGCCCAAAAGCAACUGGAAAUGCCACCACCGGCCCUGAACUGGUCGCUGGAGGUCACCGAUCGGCUCGGGUCACGCUUGAUGGUGCUGUGGAAUCGAAGUGCCGGUGACUGUUUGCUGGAUUCGGUCAUGCAAGCAACCUGGGGUGUUUUCGAUCGGGACAAUAUGCUGCGCCGAGCGCUUGCCGACAGCUUGCAUCAGUGUGGUCAUAUCUUCCUUCCACGAUGGAAAGAGAACGAGCAGUUUCAGGCGGCCAUGCUGCAGUACACACUGGCCGAACGGCAGCUGGAGGAAGACUGGAGUACACUCCUGUCGCUCGCCAGCCACCCGGGCUCGUCGCUCGAACAGCUACACAUCUUCGCACUGGCCCACAUCAUGCGCCGUCCGAUCAUCGUGUACGGCGUGAAGUACGUGAAGAGCUUUCGCGGGGAAGACAUUGGCUUUGCCCGCUUCGAAGGUGUCUAUCUGCCGCUGCUGUGGGAGCAAAGCUUUUGCAUUACGUCCCCAAUCGCCCUCGGCUACACCAGGGGACACUUUAGUGCGCUCGUUCCGACGGAACCGUACUCGCGUAUCGAUGCCACGCGGGACGAACGCGAAGACAUCACCUUUCUGCCACUGAUGGACAGCGAGAUGAAGCUUUUACCGGUUCAUUUCUUAGGCAAGAACGAAAUUGGCCGCGAAGAGAUUUUGAUCCGACAGUGGCUGGAAGUAUGCGAAACCGAAGGAGGGCUGCUGGUUGCACAGCAGAAGCUACACAAACGUCCACUGUUAGUCGCUCAAAUGCUCGAAGAAUGGCUAAACCACUAUCGACGGAUAGCAAUUUCUAGGCUGUUUUAAAAUACAAACCAAUCCUGUUUCAACACGGCAAGCUCCAACACACAGGCAACGAAGGCACUGCUAGAAUUAGUCAUUUUAUUAUCGUUGAAGGUACGUCAAACUUUAGCACGCUGCGGGGCCGAUAUACGUAAAGGUGCACGUAGCAAUAGUCUAAUGUGUUUGCUGGUUUGGGAUCAUAGAUUGUGGUUUGAUGCCAAUGCGCUUCCGAUUUGGGACAACUGAAUGGAAGUUUCGUGGGCACGAUUCGUCGGUGAAUUGUUCUUUCGCCGUUCGCCGUGCGUGUGUAAGUGUUCGGUGAAAAUGUUAUUAUCCUUUACAUUUUAAAACGCCGCCCUCGGAUGGCGGUGGAAUAUUGAGUAACCCGAUGGCAGGAUUUUAAAACAAGGUUCAAUGUGUACUAGUCGUAGUAUCCGUUCGGCUGUGCUGCGUUCGCUUCCUUGCGUACGAUUGUUGCAAAACGAACAUUAUGCUGAUGGUGCUGUGGUACUCUCCUUUCGAAAGCCGUACGCAAGUGCGAGAGAACCCUAAUAAUUAGAGAAUAUAUUUUUGUAUCCCGUUUUCUCUAACUUUUUAUCAACACUUCAUUCCCAAUUAUACUAUCGGUACCACGGUCCCACAAACUUGAAAUGCUUCAUCCACACACACUGAUGGGGCAAUUACUGAAGGCAGCAACAACCGUUUGCCUUUAGUGUUUCGAACUUAGUUUUAAGAAUAAAUACCGAAUCCUGUUCUUUCCGAAACCAUUUACUCAAACAAUUCUCAAAAGUUUUUGCAAUAAGCAUCCCCCGCGUCGUUUCUCUUGACUCUCUGUGUUAUCAUGGAAGUCUUUUUUUCUGACGGUGUGCUGGAAAAGGAAAACGGAAAAGUAUUAAAAUCGAACCAGCUUUGGGUUAAGCAUUUCCCAGCUCCACUACGCGUGAAGAACUGUGUUAUCGGCAUCCAUGAAUGCGUCCGGUGGCACAGAGCAUCUGUGAUUGUCAAUUACGCCAGUGGGAUGAUGCCAGCGGGGUCACUACAAGCUACCGAAGCAUAAAUGCAUUCGAAAACUCAAUGCAACAGCGCACGGUAAACCCGAUGACGUACGAUAAGCAGUACUUGUUAUCGAGCCAGAAAGCUUUUUAAGCAUUAUCGCGAACCACAUCCGCACGCGACUACGAAAGGAGGUAGCCCUGUCCACGCUUGAGUUCCAGCACAGCUCCAUCCUCGCCGGUGGUAUUCGUAAACUUUAAACCAUGCUGCAGAUGUAGCUAAAAACGCGACUCGAUAGAAGCCUCAAUUCGUUCGUUGAAAUUGAGUUCGGACCGAUGCUGCACGAAAGGCUUCAAGAAGCCGCCCCGUUCCAGAAUGUCCUACACCGUAGACCAGAUAGAGUAGAUAAAUUAAUGAACAGAGAGCCAGAAAAAUUUAAUUCUACACAUGCGCACGCGCAAAGUAAAACGCACCGUCUGGCGAUGCGGUCCCACGGUGGAUAAACGAUGCAACUAAAGAAUCAAGCUGCGAACAUGAUGCGAAAAUAGUUUGCCGAAAAAGUAGAUAAAAUCUAUUUUGAGGAAUUUUGAUUUCUAGUGCUGCUACUGUACUCUAAUAUCAUACCUGUAACUCCUACACACAUUGUUACGCUUUGUUAAGUUUCAACGUGAUGUUCGUUCGCUUUUUUGGGUUCAAAACUGGUAGAGUGUACAUACAGGUUGCGUUCA